CGUGCCAGCGCGCCACAGAGCCCGGGCCUCGUUCCGUACACACGAUUCGGUUCAGAAAGGAAGAAUCUGCACGAGCCGGCCUCGUGUGUGUGCGCGCGCGACAUAUUCCGAGAAAUACUCGGGCGACGAGAUUCGUCUCUUUCUUGCUCUCUCGCCGGCGAGACUCUUGGUCGACGGCCCCCGUAGAGUCGGAGCCGCCGAACAUGCCGAGGCGGGGCUCGCCGUAGAAGUAAAGGCCCUCGAGCGGGCGCGCCACGCCACAUUCUCGGCAUUCGAGGUGAAGAGAGCGAUCGAGAGACCACGUCGUCGGCGCCUGGAGGUCGCCACCGCGUGAAAACGAUUUCCCCGAAUCCUGCGCAUUUUCUUCGGGAAAGAAAAAAGACAAAAAAAAAACAAAAAACGACGACGUGUCCGACAGCGCUUUGUGAAUAAGCCCAGGUAGCUUCUCCGUCUGGCUACCUGCGUCGUCGAUCCCGGCCUCCGUACGUAUAGAGCGUAAUCGUGUGGCGGCGUCGAAACGCGCGCAGAAAAUGGAUACCGUGCUCUAGCAGCACGGUCGGAGAGAAACGGCCCAGGCUUCGGAGAGAGAAGGAGAGAUAUCCGGCGGAGAGAAAGGGAGGAAGAAGUACGUCGAAUAUGUAAAGCUAUAACGCGACGACGACGACGACGACGACGACGACGUCGAGCUCGAGCGUGCGAAGGGAAACGGAUCGGUCGGUCGCUCUAUAAAUCCGAGAUACGUCUCUUGACGUAAUCGGGGAAAUCUCUCUCGACGUAAUAAGAGCGGCUUUUCUCUCUUUCUACUCCGUCUACUCUAUCGCGAGCGAUUCUUUACCGCGUAUCCGAUAAAAUUCUAUCGUUCUCGAGAGUGCCAGGACCACGAGUCGUUCAAGCCGAUCAAGAGAUUCUCGGGAUUGCUCGGGAGAUGCUCGACCUCGCGGUCCUGUGUGAUACGCGCCGUGCGCUGGCCUGCUGAUUCUCCUCCCGGAAGAGAGCGCGGGUCUCCGUCUCAAAAUACUACGUUUGCAAAGCAGCCAAAUACAAUCAUUGUACCAAGAUGCCUCGAGUAAGGAGACAAGUGAUCCUGGAGGAUCCAGCUAGGCCUGUUACACCAGAUAUGGUGGAAACAAAGUUGUUAAAGUCUGAAUUUCUGGAUGAUGGAUCCUUGGAUGAAGUCCAGCCACAAAAGGUGGCAGAAGAAACACCGAGCCCUCAUUUACAAGAUCAUCAAUAUGGACAAACACCUUGUUACCAAAUAACAAGGAAACCUACGCAACCACCGCCAAGAGCUGAGAUAUCAGUUCAAGCAGUAAAAAGAAGACUGAAUUUGGAGGUAGGGACAACUGGUCCUAGCCAGUCUGCCUUCAAAGCUCCCAGAGGUAAACGUAGAAGAUCCGGUUCGAAUUCUUUAACUGGCCACACACCCACCAAAACCAAAACUGUAGAAAGGACACGAUAUGAUACCUCUUUGAGUUUACUUACAAAGAAGUUUAUUCACUUAGUUGAGAGUAGUCAGGAUGGUGUGGUCGACUUAAAUGUAGCAUCAGAGAAGUUGGAGGUACAAAAACGUCGUAUAUACGACAUUACUAAUGUUUUAGAGGGCAUUGGUAUCUUAGAGAAGAAAAGUAAAAACAAUAUCCAAUGGAAAGGCGGUCAAUUACCGAAUAAUCGGAAUGAUAUCGCCAAUCUGAGGAGAGAGGUCGCGGAUCUAGAAGCUAAAGAGAAUUCACUUGACCGAUUGAUCCACGGUGCUGAUAAAAAUUUACGCGAACUGUGCGCGGACAGACAAUACGCUUAUGUAACGUAUCAUGACUUACGUUCAGUUUCAAUGUACAAAAACCAAGCUAUUAUGGCUGUGAAAGCCCCGCCGGAAGCUACCCUCCAUGUUCCACAACCUAUCAAUAAUUUUGGUCAACAAAAGCUUCAAAUGCACAUGAGGUCAGAACACGGAGAGAUAGAAGUGUUUUUGUGUCCUGACGAUCCCGCAAUUAAAACGUCACCUUAUUCUGGAUAUACGACAACGCAAACUGUGCCUCAAUCAAAAGAAAUGUCUAACAUACCUUGUUUAUCUCCUGAGUUGUUGGUUAAAAGAGAAACUGAUGUGCAAGUCGAAUCAGUACCUACCGAUGAGAGUUCUAUGAAUACUCGUUUGUGUACCCCUGUAACAGUUACCAAUAUAACAGGCAUGAAGGAUGCGUUCCUAUACGAAUCUGACGAUUAUGGACCAAUGGGCGGUAGCAAAUUCCAACUCCAAACAGAGGAUCAAAUCAGCACUUCAGAUCUGAAUUCGAUUCUUGAUUUUGGAGAGCAACUGCUGAGUUUGGAACCGCCUCUCUCUGAAAACGACUACUCGUUCUCGUUAGGCACCGAGGAGGGUCUUUCGGAUCUCUUCGAUUUCAAAUUCUAGAAAUAUCGUCGCUAUUGUAAGAGCGUUCUUAUCUAUUUUGGGCUAUCACUCUGAGUUUGGUACUCAAACGGAUGAAAACUGCUUUGUCAGUUUUAUAAUGCUACUUCGUGUUAGACAAUAGGUGAUUGAGACUUCUGUUUCCGCGCAUCGAUCUUUGCAAGGAAUCGCGAACAUGCAAAGUCGUUUUUAUUUAUUUACUGCUUCCGAGCAAACGUUUAUCGACGUGGAAAAUUUGAUUAUCACGUUUUAUGUAUAUGAAUGGUUAACUUUGAAAGCACAGUAACGAAAUGAUUAAGCACGCCCGCAUGACGCAAUUUGUUAAAUAUUCCUCUUCUUAAGAAACCAAUGAUAGAUUAUAAAUACAAAAAUUAUAUAGAAUGGUAUAUAUGUUUUCGUAAACGAUUUUAUACUAGCUGAUCCAUUAUUAUCUGUUCCAUGGAGAAAUUAUAAAAGGCAAUGUUAUUAUCGAUCCAUCGGAAUAUUUUACUAUUGUCGAUAUUUUUUUCUUCGCGUAUACAUUUCAUUUCGGAAUGUCUUGUUUUAAUUGUUUUGUUUUUCGGAUCGCAAAUUCCGGAUGCAGAGAAGCCGAACUGGAUGAGGCACAGGAAAAACAUAUCACGACAUUGUUAACACGUGCUUCCGGCUUGAUCGAUAAUCUGCAUUGAUCGCGUUUGCGGAAUGGAUCGCGAAAAUUUUUGAACAAAGAGAGGGAGGGGGGGGAGGAAGGGGUGUUUGAAGAGAGCGAAGGCGUUUUUUCGUGCAAUCUGUAAUAAUAUUAUAAAUUGAGAUAAGAGAUAUAGAGAGAAAAGAGAGAAAUGUAUUCGGAAAUUCUCAGAGAGAGGAGAGACUGUGUCGGACAACGAUCUAUAAUUGCUUUACUUAGUUGUCCAAUGCCCAUGAAUAAGACGAUUAAGAAAGUCAUCAAGUUUUUUUUUCUAGUGUAAGAGUCUCAAGUGAGGCGAAAAGAGAAAAAGAGCGAAACACACGAGAUGACUAUCCGGAUCGCGGCCUCUUCUUACCAUUCGCGUCAUUGAACACGGACGAGUUUUUAAAUUAUAUUUAAGAUUAAAGGCUGUCAUCUGGAUGAUGCAUGUUUUGUAAUGGAUGCAUAUUACCUCGUUGACAAAUUGUUCGGCAGUACAGUAGUCUUUAUUCCGCGUACUUUGAUAUAAUUGGUCGAAUUCUUGGCAAUCGUGACGAAUAUUGAAGUCGUUUCUCGUUUUAAGUACAUUGCUUUAUUGGAUGGGAGCGGAAUGGAACGCGAUGACCAGUGAUUGUUGUUACGGCGAUUAUGUUAAGUCGAUUAGAGAGAUCACAUAUUAAUUAACUUCUUUCAUCGAUAUAUAAACAAAGAUGAAUGAAGAUAAACUCGAAAUGUAACACGAGGGUGUAAAGAUCUUAGACUAUAUCGUUUACAUUUAAAUACGUAUUUAAUUCCGAUUUUGUAACGAUUAUCGUCUAAGAUCCACAUUCAGGAUACAGUAUCAUUCUGGAACUGAUUAUGGGGGUUUUCAAAAAAAAGAGAAAAAAAGAGAGUGAGAAAGUUUCUUACCGGUGAACACUUGAAUCUUGUCGAGAAGAACGCGGUCCUGGAAUUUAGUUCUAUUGAGCGAGAUUUGCGUAAAAAUAUAUAUCUUCUUGUUUCUCGAGAGCUCAAGAAUACACUGGGAAAAUUGUCUCGUCUGGAAGUCUCCCUUAUAAGGAUGUACUCUAACGUACAACUUAGUGUACGUCCAAAGCCAUAGUGCCUACAAAAUAACGAUCAUACCCUUCUGCAAUUGUAAAUACUUUACAAACAUAAUUAUGUAAGCUCAUAAAAAUACAUAUGUGCGUAUACAUAUAUAUUAUAUGUAAGAACGUAACGAUUCUCUCUCACACACAAAAAAAUGGACAGAUGCUGCAAACAUCUCAUUACAUGUAAUUAUCGUAAAAAUACGGAUCACACUUAUUUUUAAUAUAUUAAUAUUAUUAAUUAUUAUUAAAACAUUAAACGAAACGAAAUAUUAGUUUAUAUAUGAAAUAUAUAAUUUCAUUUAUAUAGAUAUACGUACAUGUAAUACGUAUUUAAAUUUAUGAUGAACAAACAUUGUGCAGGAUAACAAACUUGCAUUAAAUGCAUAUUGAAAAGAUUUAAAAUAUUUCGAAUAUAUUUAAAUCGAUAAAUAAAUUAAAUUAAAAUCAGUAAUUAUAAUAGUAAUUAUAACCACAUAUGUAGUAUCAAUCUUGUACAUUCAAGAUUAAAAUUUUUUUUAUAUUUAAAGACUUAUGAAAUAUUUCAAUAAAUUUAAAAUAUUACAUUGUUACACACAGAUAUUUGCAAAAUAAGCCUACACGAAAAAAAAUCAAGGAAGGCUUCAGUUUAAUUUAAUAUCACGAUGACAGAUUGUUACUUUGCACAAUGUUCGCUGUGCUCCCAUUCACGACAGCCGGGAAAAAUUAUAUGUUACUCUUGUUUUCGUUUUCCAAUUAACCGGCGUCAAGCGCUUUUUUUUCAUACGCCACGAAAAGGCAAUGAGAAGUUGAAUAAAAGAGCAAGUGUAUGAGUGCAUUAAAUAUGAAAACGAGAGCGAGAAAGAAGAGAGAGAAAGAGAGGAGAGAGAGAAUGUAUUUGUGUGUAUGUGUGUGUGUAUGUAUGUACGUGUGUGUGUGUACGUGUGUGUAUGUAUGAUGUCGUCGAAAUGAAUAUUAAACGAAGGAUUUCGGUCUUUUGAAUAUACCACACACAAGUGAGAAGUUGCGAUAUUUUCUACCUGAAUAUUUACAGGACGUCGCGAGAUUUGAAUGCGGGGAUAAACACACAAUUGUGGCUGAGAAGAAAAAGAGAACAUGAACGAUAUUUUAAAAGAAAAAUCACAGUAUAUUUAGAACUCAUUCCAUCUUUGUGGCGAAUAUCUGGAGGCACCUGCAACUCUGUUAAAUAUUAAUGGGCUUGCAAUUGUCUUUGGGGAUAAUGCGUAUUUGCAAGAUCAAAAAAAAAAUUUAAGUGUGUAUUUAAUCGAAAAUAGUAUCUUUACUUGUGUAAAAUUACACGUUUAUACACGUAACAAUAAUAAAAGGGACUAGAAGCCACGCCUUCGGAUUUCGCAGCGAUUCCUGUUUUAGAGUAUCUCGUCGCGAAAAAGAUGGCAUAUAUCCAUCGUUUGAUUUUUGACUUGAGGCAUUCGUGAAUCUACAUUUUCUAGCAGCCUGUCGGAUAAUGUUUCCUUUUUUUCUUCUGACGUUUAAGAAAGAGACUUGCCGUCGCGAAGAGCGCAGGACCUUUUCAUAAUCUAUAUUUAAAGGUGCCAAUAAAAAGACACGCGCGAGAGAAAGAGAUAUUAUUUUCUGUUGAUUGAUAGAACGUGGAUGACCCGUAUCAUUUUUAAUUAGCUCUUGUUUUUACUAUUAUCGACAGAGGAAAGAAAAGAGAAGAAAGAGAGAGAGAGAGAGAAAGGAAAGAUCAUCAAAGUUGGCCAUCGAGAGUAGUUAAAAUAAAAUUUUGUGACAGCGCGUUUAUGUAUGCGCUCUCUUUCGAUCGUUAUAUAUUUGAGAGACUGUUUAGAACCGAUGGCGAACGCUAAUUAAACACUGAUCGAUCAUCGUAAAGAAGAAAAUUACAAAAUAAAAAAUGAAGGAAGAAUCGAGUAAUGUAUUAUUACGACAAACACAUUUUGUCACAUUUUAAAAAGUGGGUCCAGCCUGCUGAAAGAACACUGCAGAAAAGAAAGUGGCAAAAUAUAAUCUUAUGUAACAUCGUAUAUAGAGAAAAAUAUGCGCAUUCCUUAUCCCUCAUGACAAGAAAUCCCACAUUAGCUAAUCUCUAUACCAGUAUGAAUAUAAUUGCAUCGUGUCGAGAUUUAUAAUUUUAUUAUUUUGACAUGGACAUGCCAAGUUUUAUUUAAUUUGAUCCGUUCAGUAAAUUCAUUAAAUCAGAUAUUAAUAUAUUUCAAAUUGUUUGGAAUUAAGAUAAUAGGUGCAAGA